CACACGCGCACGCACACACACCACACUUUAUAUAGAGAGGGUGAAGCUAAGCCUUUGGGGAGGGGGAAAACCAUCCUCUCUUAAGGAGCAGGCAACGAGGAAGCCCACUGGAUUAUUCCAAAGUAGACAACUCUAAACUUGCUCUGUCUUUUGCAAAUACUGCUCUCCCCUGUCUCAUCUCACCAUGAAAACCUACCUUGUGCUUACGAGUUUGCUGUACCUGGCGUCAGGAGACACUCACACAGUUGGGAUCUGCUGGUUGCAGCAAGGACGGGAAGCCAAGUGCACGAUGAUCCUCCAGACCGGGGUCACUUGGGAAGAAUGUUGUGCCAAUGGCAAUACGGACAUGGCGUGGUCCAACUCCUCACACCCGGACAACAAGAUCAGCCUUCUCAGGAUCUUGGGCCUCGUGACUUGCCACCCCUGCAAAGAGUCCUGCGAAGGGGUGGAUUGUGGGCCGGGCAAGGUGUGCAAAAUGAAGCAUGGACGCCCGCAGUGCAUAUGCGCUCCGGAUUGCUCCAACCUCCCCAGGAAGCUUCAAGUAUGUGGCUCCAAUGGUUUUACGUACCAGGAUGAAUGCGAUCUUCUCACGGCCAAGUGCAGAGGGCACCCUGACUUGGAGGUCAUGUACCAAGGCCAGUGCAAAAAAUCUUGCUCCAGCGUGGUCUGCCCCGGGACCCACACCUGCGUGGUGGACCAGACGGGAAGUGCCCACUGUGUGAUGUGUAGGGUCGAGCCCUGCCCAGAUCCCACCAGCCUAGACCACACAAUCUGUGGGAACAACAACGUGACUUACCCCUCUACCUGCCACCUACGGCGAGCCACCUGCUUCUUCGGUCAAUCCAUAGGGGUCCGGCAUUAUGGAAGCUGCACAGCUCUGAAUAAAUACCCCUUGGACACAGAUGAUGCUGAAGAAAACUACAUCUGAAAAGCUAUUUUGGGGCAAUUUGUCCAAUUCCUAACAUUCAGGGGCAUUAUCUGUAAUAAUGUACAGACUGUACAUUAUAUAUCUGGUAUUUAUUAAAACCAAAAGGAAAAAAAAUCUUAUUUAUAUAAAUAGAAACAGAUGUAACCUAGACAUAUCCAUUCCAGUUCUUGGGUCAUAGUUCCUACCAGGGGUGU